AUGUCUGAUCCGGGAAGCCCAUCUAAGCCGCAUAAAAAGCCCAAGUCUGAACGUAAAAAGUCCAAGUCUGCACGUAAAAAGGCCGCCACUUCAUCAAGAGAGCGUAAAAGUCUGACUGGACGACCCUCUGCUUCACCCGACCCGCCAGGCGGUCCGUAUGGUCAGCGUCCUGUUCGCCGUAGAAGAAGGCUGGCGGGAAUUGUUAGGAGCCUUUGUAUAGAACUAAGGCGUAUAGCAGACGCUAUGGAAAGUGUAGACUUUGGAGACGAUCCAGAUAGUUCCCCCUAA